GCGGAAGGCAGAACAAAAGCGCGAAGAUCGUAUGGUGUGAAUACCGCUAAAACGAGUAGCGACAGGGAAAAAGCACACGCACACACACACACACUCACACGCUGACUAAGAAGCAAGACAAAGAGGACUACAGUGGACAAGCAGUGCAUUUCAUAGCACAUUUCAGUCUAGUGUGCAGUACGAUUCAAGUUGUCGUUGCGUGUGGUUCUUUAGCACGGUCCCUCUUCACCGCCGUCCCUCUUCCUCUCCCACACUGUUUCUGUCUCCGUCUCUCUUGCUUUCGCUGUCUGUUCUGUUGCGCGCGCGCUUACUGUGAAAAAGUGUACAAAAGGAAAACAGUGUAACCGACCGUCAAGGAUCUGUGUGGCAAGUGUAAUUGUUGUUCGUGGCGCCAACGAGCAGCGUAAUUUGUAAUCGUGGCGAAGGAAUUGUCCAACCUAUUAACGUUGCAAGAAAACCGAGCCGAGAUGACACAACAACCGCAAUGGGGCAUAAGCUUAUCAAAGUACUUUAUAUUGCCGCAACGUGUGAUAUUGGCCAUAAUGGGCUUUCUGGCCAUCCUGAAUGCGUACACGAUGCGCGUGUGCCUCUCACAGGCGAUCACCGUGCUCGUCAUGAAGAAGAACAAUACGGACGAUGGGGAUGACAGCCAUGCGAUUUGUGAGCCGGAUGACCUGGACGAAGGCACCGCCGCCAGCGGUGGCGAAUUCGAGUGGUCCGAGGAGCUCCAGGGCCUGAUUCUAUCUUCCUUUUACAUUGGUUACAUUGUCACGCAUGUGCCCGGUGGCCUGCUCGCCGAGAAAUUCGGCGGCAAAUGGACCCUGGGCCUGGGCAUACUCUCGACGGCAGUCUUCACCAUGCUCACGCCUCUGGCCAUCAACCUGGGCGGCUCCGACUGGCUGAUUGUCACCCGUGUGCUGAUGGGCCUCGGCGAAGGCACCACAUUCCCGGCUUUGAGUGUCCUGCUCGCCGCCUGGGUGCCGGCUAAUGAACGCGGCAAAUUGGGCGCUUUGGUGCUGGGCGGCGGUCAGGUGGGCACCAUUAUGGGCAACAUGCUGUCGGGCGUGUUUCUGGACUCCUACGAUUGGUCAUUUGUGUUCUACUUCUUUGGCGGUCUCGGCGUUAUUUGGUUUGUCAUAUUUAUCAUGCUGUGCUUCAGCGACCCCAGCAGCCAUCCUUUCAUCAAGCCCAGCGAACGCGAGUACCUCAUCAAGGAGAUCGGCACAAUUGGGCGCAACGAGAACCUGCCACCCACACCCUGGAAGGCCAUCCUAACCAGUUUGCCCAUGUUCGCGCUGGUCUGUGCGCAAAUCGGUCACGAUUGGGGCUUCUAUAUCAUGGUAACGGAUCUGCCCAAAUAUAUGGCCGAUGUGCUGCAGUUCUCCAUUAAGGCAAACGGUCUCUACUCCUCUCUGCCCUACGUGAUGAUGUGGAUCGUGUCGGUGGGCAGCGGCUUUGUGGCCGACUGGAUGAUCCGUCGCGGCAUCAUGAACACGACAAACACACGCAAGCUGAUGACGGGACUGGCUGCUUUUGGCCCGGCUAUUUUCAUGGUGGGCGCUUCAUAUGCCGGCUGCGAUCGCGUCCUCGUCGUGGUGCUCUUCACCAUAUGCAUGGGCCUGAUGGGCGCCUACUAUGCGGGCAUGAAGCUCAGUCCGCUGGACAUGAGUCCCAACUAUGCCGGCACCCUGAUGGCCAUUACGAACGGCAUUGGUGCCAUUACGGGCGUGAUCACACCCUAUCUGGUUGGCGUCAUGACGCCCAAUGCCUCGCUGCUCGAGUGGCGCACCGUCUUCUGGGUGGCCUUUGGCGUGCUCUUCAUCACGGCCAUUAUCUACUGCAUUUGGGCAUCCGGCGAGGUGCAGCCCUUCAACGAUGCGCCCAUCGAGCCGCGCAGCGUCGACUUCGAGGCCAUGGAGCGCAAGCCGGAGCCCAAAUUGAAGGCCAUGCAGCACAGCUCCUAGUGGCCACGUACCCAAAGUGCCAUAGCCAUCGUCAUGGAGCAUUCGUCAUGGAACCUCCCGAAGACAUUGUUAAUGUACAACGUACAUCUUGCGAUCAUCCAUUGCAAUUGCUAGUUCUAUAGUAUGCCAAAUUGUCGGCCCCCAGUGCGCUGUCUAACUAAGUAUAUCUAAGUAUAUCUAUAAUCCGUAAGCUUUCAGCUGCAGAUCCCUAGCUAACUAUCCCGCCCGCCUCAGCUCCGAUUAAGCGAAUUUACUUUAUAAUAUCUACUUUGUGUAUUUGCCUGUAGCAUGUACCCCUCCCUACCCCUUAUGCCCACCCACUCCUCUUCCUCGGCCCUCUGCAGCCAUUUACUCUCUUAAUUAUUAUUUAGUAUUUAAUCGAAACAAAUUCAAUUUUAGGCUAGCAAGAAGAACAAGUUAAGUUGAUAGAUUGUAUCUAAUGUGUAUUGCGAAAUGUAAAAACCAACCCAAUUUAAUAAUUGUACGAAAUUUUUUAAUUGUUGAUCAAUGUGUAACGUUAUCGUUAAAACAUAAUUGUUUUUAUAAUCUUAGUCCAAA